AUGGCGCCGUCAUCUCCUACCAUUACCUUUCAUAUUCCUGCUGGCCCCGGAUAUUCCUUUCGGGCCAGGCUGCUCCAGGACGAGAACCCCGACGUCGUCCAGCAGGUCCUGGCUCAGCUCCCCCUCAAGAGCGUUCUGGGUCAUGUCGUGAUCGCGGGCGAGACCUUCUGGACCCCGACCCGGAUCGUGCACCUGGGCCGCAACCACAUGGUCCAGCGGCAUUUGGGUGCGGUGUAUCUGAAUGCACCAGGCCAGUCGAUCUGCAUCACCUACGGCACUAUCACGGAGAGUGCCAAGAUCAACAAGUUCGCCGAGGUGUUUGAGGAGGACCUCCCCAAGCUGGCGGAAAUCGGAAAACUCGUAUACCAGCAGACCGUUGCGCAGCCGCGCCACACGCUCAUGGAAGUGGAAAUCUCCAGCGAGAGUUGCCCACGCCUUAAUCCGUCUGAAAACCACCCGGUGGCAGCACCGCCCUCCUCGCCAAAGCAUCACUGGCUCGCGGUCAAAAGCAUAAUAGACCAGGAGAUCGACCGAGUCUGGCUCGAAGAGCCGGCGGAGGUCCAGAAAGUCCGCUGGGGGGUGAUUGACAGCGGCGCGGGCAGUGGCCAGCAGUACUUCACGGUUUUGGUCCACCUGGAGGCGUAUCUCAUGGUCAUGGGUGGCGAUGUGAUAAGCCGCUUCCUGAAAAUCGCCCAGUACGAGGAUGUCCAGCUGCCGACUUUGAAUCGCAUCACGAAAGAGUUCCUGGUGGAGAACUUCGACCUCUUUGAGUUCAUGGCGGACUUGGGGCUGGGGAAUAUGUUCAAGAUCGGCCAGUUGUAUUCAGAUGCGCUGGACACACUGGCUACCAAGGAGGAAUACAUCCAGCUGACCGGGGCGAUGCAAACCUAUGUCAAUCGGAUGCAUCGCUGGGCCUACUUCAUCUUUCCAUGGCACCUUGGAGUUGCAUUCCCGCGCCGGAAACCAGCUGAGCUCCGUUCUUUCUCCAACCUUGUCACUUCUGGUCUUCAUAAUUAG